CAAUUCCAUCACUACAUCGUAAUCACAUUUCUCUCUCUUACCUUAAAUAGCAUUGUUUUUUACAUAUAAAACUGCAGCGUUGAGCCUUUGUUUUUCAUCACUUGGGUUUGUUUCGGUUUGGUUAUGGAGAUGGAAGGUUUAGAUUCUAAUUCUAAUUCCAAUUCCAAUUCUAGCUCUACCCAGAGCAACAUAGCCAAGGGCAAACGCACCAAAAGGAUGAGGCUUUUGUCCCCUUCUGGUGUCGUCGUUGUUACCGCCGCCACCGCCGCCGCCACUGGAACCACCACCACCAGUUGCUCCAGUCCUAAUUCCGGUGGCUCCUCCACCACCACUUGUGAGAGCGAAGAAGAAGACAUGGCAAAUUGUUUGAUUCUCUUGGCCCAAGGAGGGGAAUCUCACCCUCAUCAACCUCAUCAACCUCAUCAAUCUCAUCAACCUCGUCAACCUCAUCAUCACAAGCAACAAGUUGAAGAUCAUAACGGUGUCAAGACAGCAAAGGGUAACGGUAACACCAUCACCACCACCGCAACAACCGCCGUUGACACCAAAGUUGGCUUUUUUAUUUAUGAGUGCAAAACGUGUAACCGAACGUUCCCUUCGUUUCAAGCACUCGGUGGACACAGGGCGAGUCACAAAAAGCCCAAACUUUCGCCCGAAGAGAAAAAACCACCACCCUCUCAGUCGCCGCACGUGGCUGUUACAACCUAUGAUCGGUUCGAAGAGGAUACCGUUAACGUUAAAAGUGGUCCUCCGAUUUCCCUUCAAUUGGGUCAUGGCAACAACAAGGGCAAGAUUCAUGAAUGUUCCAUCUGUGGUUCGGAAUUCUCAUCAGGACAAGCAUUGGGUGGACACAUGAGGAGGCAUAGGGCAUCAUCAACGAACACCAACACUGUCGACACUUCCAGUUCUAACACCGUCACCGCCGUGGCCACCACCGUUUCGCCGCCGCGGAGCGUCUUGCAAUUGGAUCUUAACCUCCCGGCGCCGGAGGAUGAUAUCCGGGAGGCUAAGUUUCAAUUUCCGGUAACAACUCAGAUGCUGGUUGGUACUCCGGCUUUGGUAGAUUGUCUUUAUUAGAGAUCCGGGUGGGGAUCGGAGUUUCACAGAAUUAUUAUUUUGAUAUCAAUGUGAAUUAUUAGUGUUAUUUUUAAUUUACAAUUAUUCGUAAUUAUCGAUUUUUUUGGAUUAUUAUUCCUAAUUCGGUUUAUUAAUAAUUACCAUUUUGAUAUAUGUGAUCGAUCUACUUGUUGAAGUUGGAA